ACUGUUGGCCUGGUGUAUUUUUAGCUGCUAUUACUCCAGUCACGCAGCUUCCUCAGCUGCUCUGUCACUCCAGAAAGUGAGUCUGCCUUCGCAAAGUUACACAGCCCAGACGAAGGCAUCAUUAAUCAACCAUGGAGUCCCAGGAUACCAUCAACACUAACACUCAAGACCCUUCUACCGGCACUGGAACACAGGAGCCUGCCCAACAUUCAAUAACAGGGCCCAGCACGGGUCUCCCAGACCAGCAAGGAAUAGACAGUCCUGCUGAAAUUGCCUCGGUGUCACCACAACAACCAGAGGAGAAGCCAGAAACUGUGGUGGCACCAGAUCAGGCAGAGACGAAGACAACCCUCCUGAAUCUGAAGGAGGAGGGUCCUGCUCAGGGACACACGACCAUCACUGACAUUGCGGAGGAUCUGGACAGACAGCUGGAGGAUAUCAUCAAAACCUACGGCUCAGGAGAAAUCGUCUUGGGAAAGGAGGCUGAGGGGGAGACAGGCAGGAUCCAGGCCCUGGAUAAUGGGGAGGGAAUGUCUGAAGAGCAUUUUGAGGAGGUUGGGAAAGAGCACCCAGAGACCACUAUGCAGGCUGAACCUACCAAGGAGAUGGGCAAGGAGCAGAAACUGGACAAGAAGAAGCUGAAAGGACUGGGGAAGGAAGUUGCCACACUGAUGCAGAACCUGAGUAAAACCAACUCAGCUGCGGAGCAGCAGGAUGCUCUCAUCGGGAAGUACGCUGCACUGCUGGAGGAGUACCGUGGAGAGCAGAAACAGAGGAAGCUGUUACAGAGGAAGCUGGAUCACCUGAGCAGGGAGAAGGACCAACUGCAGAGUGAGCACAGCAGGGCAGUGCUGGCUCGGAGCAAACUCGAGAGCUUGUGUCGAGAACUCCAGAGACACAACAAGACUCUCAAGGAAGAGAGUUUGCUGCGAGCGAGGGAGGAAGAGGAGAAACGGAAAGAGGUGACGAAACAUUUUCAGGACACUCUGAUGGACAUCCAGGCUCAGAUAGACCAGCACAGCCAGCGGAACGUCAAGCUCUGUGAAGAAAAUACCGAGCUGGCCAGUAAACUGAAAACCGUCAUCGAGCAGUACGAUACACGGGAGGAGCACUUUGAAAAGGCCUUCAAGCACAAGGACCUACAGCAACAGCUGAUGGAUGCGAAGCUCACACAGGCACAGGAGCUGAUAAAGGACGCAGAGGAACGACAUCAGCGAGAAAAGGACUAUCUCCUGAAUCAAGCAUCUGAGUGGAAGCUGCAAACCAACAUCAUGAAGGAACAAGAGACCCUGCUCCGAGCCCAGCUCAAGCUGUAUGCUGAGAAGUUUGAGGAGUUCCAGGGGACACUGACAAAAAGCAAUGAAACAUUCAGCAACUUCAAACAGGACAUGGAAAAGAUGACAAAGAGGAUGAAGAAACUUGAAAAGGAGACGAUAAUGUGGAAAACCAAGUGGGAAUCCUGCAACAAGGCUCUCUUGGACAUGAUUGAUGAGGUGAGGAUUGAUCCUGCCUUUGAAUGCAAGCGCCCAUCUCUUAGGAUUCAGGGGUUUCAGCUCCGCCCACCUCCAUCUCCUUGA